GGUGGGGGUGGGGCCCGGACUGCCGAGUCGUGUGGAAAGAGGCCCCGCUGACUUGCUGGGGUGCGCGAAAGGGUCAGGCUGUAAACUGGCAAAGUUGAAAUGCGAUCCAAGGAAGAUGGCUCAAGAAGGAGGCGUGUUGGCUCAGGCCCCGGCCUAGGUCGUUGGAUGGACUCUGUUGGGUGCAGACGUAACAGGGGAUCUGGAAUUGGAGAGCAGCCCGAGAGGUGAAGGAAUUGUUGGGCGGGGGGCGGUGGCCAAAUCUAAGCUAAUUAUAAUCUGAGGCUGUGGGUGGAACCCAGGAUCCAGGCCCCUGUCUUGCACGUUGGCGAGUUUGCAAGACAGUUUUGCAUCUUUCUUCCCAGCCUGAGCCGGUUAGUUAUUAAGGAUGGAGAAAUGAAGUAAAACUGGAGACCCCAGAUGGGAGGAAAACGCUUUGCGGAUACCCUAGCAUUUAAAAUUGUUUCUCUGGUGCUCAGGAGCAUAUGCAUUUUGUUUUGUUUUGUUUUGUUUUGUUUUGUUUUGUUUUUCACUUGCCACUUACUUUCUUGCACCUGGUCCGCUGUCAGUAAAUGUUUUUCAGUUGACUGAGCUUGUGAAAGAGAUACAGAAAUAUUGGCAUUGAGAAAAAAAUGGGUGCCGAUUAAUUCAGCAAGAAGAAGCUUGAAAACAUCAAAUGCUGAGGGCAAAUGAAGAGUGGGAGGUGGGGGGGAGCGGUGGUGGUACAAGCCUGGUAUUCAGGGAAACCUUCAUGUGUAGGUAGGUUUCCCAGGGAUUGUGUCUUUGGCAAGACUGCCAUGCUCACAAGGCAGGUUCUAGUACAGGAGAAGUUGGAGUACACGUGCUGCAGGGGUUCACAAAAGAUUAUAAAGCCCAGGCAUUAGGUCUGGUGAAAAUGUCUCAGUGAGAGAGUAUAGAGUGUAUCUAACAGAGAGAAAAGCCAGACGUGAAUUAGGAGAUGAUGAGAGAAAGGAGGAAUUGAGGUCAGGCGAAUGGAUUGAAAGGUCUGAGGGUUGAUGCUGUCUGUAACCCAAAUACCAAAGAUAGAAAACCUGGCUCUCCUGUGCCAGUGAGAUCCCGUGUUUCUCGACUGGUGUUGCACACUGUCAUCCUGGCUCUUCAGCCUUCCUCUGUAUGUGUCAUACACCUAUCUGGGUAACCCACCUGUUCCUGUUGGUGCAGAGGGAGGAGAAGCAGCUUGAGGCAUCAUUAGAUGCACUGCUGAGUCAAGUGGCUGAUCUGAAGAACUCACUGGGGAGUUUCAUUUACAAGUUGGAGAACGAGUAUGACCGGCUGACCUGGCCCUCUGUUCUGGACAGCUUUGCCUUGCUCUCUGGACAGUUGAAUACUUUGAACAAGGUCUUGAAGCACGAAAAGACACCACUGUUCCGUAACCAGGUUAUCAUCCCUCUGGUGUUGUCCCCAGACCGAGAUGAGGAUCUCAUGCGGCAGACUGAAGGACGAGUGCCCGUUUUCAGCCAUGAGGUGGUCCCUGACCAUCUGAGAACCAAGCCUGAUCCUGAGGUUGAAGAGCAAGAGAAGCAACUAACAACAGAUGCUGCCCGCAUUGGUGCUGAUGUGGCUCAGAAGCAGAUCCAGAGCUUGAAUAAAAUGUGCUCAAACCUCCUGGAGAAAAUCAGCAAAGAGGAGCGGGAAUCAGAGAGUGGAGGUCUUCGGCCGAACAAGCAGACCUUUAACCCUGCAGACACCAAUGCCUUAGUAGCAGCUGUGGCCUUUGGGAAGGGGCUGUCUAACUGGAGACCUUCAGGCAGCAGUGGUCCUGGCCAGCCAGGCCAGCCGGGAGCCGGCACAAUCCUUGCAGGAGCCUCAGGAUUACAGCAAGUGCAGAUGGCAGGAGCUCCAAGCCAGCAGCAGCCAAUGCUCAGUGGGGUGCAGAUGGCCCAAGCAGGUCAAACAGGAAAAAUGCCAAGUGGAAUAAAAACCAACAUCAAGUCAGCUUCAAUGCAUCCCUACCAGCGGUGAGUGUGGCUGGCAAUCCCCACUCCCAGGUGCUCUUUGCAGAGGUGGGCAGUGAAAUUGCCUUUUGCCCAAAGCUGAACUAGAUGUGUACAAUAAAAAGAACGUGAGCUUUCAGCACCGGACAAAUCCCAGCUUCACCACUGACUGACUGUGUGACCUUGGGCAAGUGAUCUAAUUUUUCUGAACUCGUUUUCUUGUUUAUAAAUGGUGAUACCUACCUCAUAGGGUUGUUGUGAGGAUUAAAAUGAGAAAAUGAAUGUAAAACACUUAGUACAGUGUGUGAAAUAACGGGUAUUCAAUAAAGGAUAGGUUUUUUUG